AUGAUAAACGAGCUUGCCAACAAAGUCCCAACAUUACUCCAAUACGUGCCAGGCACGCGAUCGGUCAAAGCCUGGGGGUUUCUGUGCGAUCAGGAAAGCGAGGAUGUGCUCGACUGUUUUAAGCUUCACCUGGAUCCCACGUUCAUAGAUCCAAGGCCCGACCCGCCGAGCCUUGAGCAAGCCAGGCAGUGGUAUCGCGAUUAUUUGCGGUGUAUUCAUGAUCAUGUUGAGGAGACUUUCUCGAAUUCUUUUCCGAGGUGGCAGACGCAGAAUGCGGAGUUUAUCUUCAGUGUGCCGACUACGUGGAAGAAUCCGAGUAUGAUUGCCGAGACGCAGAGGCUGAUCAACGAGGCGGGCUUUGGACGCGAUGGACCGGAUCAUCGAGCCACGAUCUCUUUGACGGAAGCUGAAGCAGCAGCCGUUUAUGCCUCUAAGCAGCGCUAUGAGAGGGACGAUGUCAUCCUUGUCUGUGAUGCUGGCGGAGGGACAACGGGACUAGUAAUGAACCGUAUCCAGUCCUUGAGCCGCAAGACCGAGAUAUUCAGUGAACGUUGCUGUCGUCUAAGCUACGGAGUAGUCUGCAUGGAAGAGUACAAACCCGACAUGCCAAAGCAUUAUGGCCAACACGUCAAGGUAGAUCCCAGAGACGGAAGGAAAUGGGUGGAGGACCAGAUCUCCUGGUUCGUGAAGCAGGGCGCGGUCGUCCCCAGCGCCGGCGUAAUGAAACCCUUCACGCUCAAAGUCAAGCCCGGCGAAGAAGCCGAACCCUGGACGACGCACAUCGUGAUGUCGACGAAUCCUCAAGAUAAGUUGCCCAGCAACACGCUGCAGGAUGGUUCAACGCGAUUGUGCGACGUCUCCUCGAUCCUGAAGGGCAAGAACAUCGACAUGAAGAUGAAGAAUCGGCAUUGGUAUAGUCGCGGGGAUAAGUAUCUGAGAUUACGAUUUGACAUCAAGGUAGUGUUUGGUCCUGCUGAUCUCAAAUUUGUGUUGCAGACGAAGGAUCAGAGGGUCUUGAGUGAUGGGCACAAUUCCAUUGAGGUUGCUUGGGAAGUGCCGAGGGAGGUGGUGGAGGGGAGGGGGCGGGGCGGGGCGGAACUCUACUCGGAGCGUAUGUGA